AUGCAGGAAAUUCUUGAGUUUUGGAUGAACGAAUACGGUGGAGCCAAAAGUGGCUCGACCUCAAAACAAGCAUUUUAUGAGCUUACAAAGGGUGUUAUAAAUGAAUUCAAAGGUAUUUACAUACAUCCUAACCUCGUUCAUUUUGUUGCUGAAUGGUGCUCUGUAAAGUAUGCAUUUUAUGUCAAAGAUAUUAUGGACUCCAUAGACAAGAAAGUUCAUGAGAAAUUAGAUGAAGAAGAACUUGAAGAUACAGUAGAGAAUGCUAAACCUUUGUUCGAACAAGAAGUUAGAAAAAUGCGCGAAAAACAAUUAGAACAUGAACGUGAGAUAUGUUAUGGUUAUAGAGAUUCUCCAUUCGAACUAGACCAAUGGGAACAAGAAAAUUUAAAGAGAGAAUUUAGAGAAUAUGAACUCGCUAAGAUAGCAUUAGAAGCUGCAGAAAAGAAGUUAAAAGCUUGGGGUCGUUUUGUAAAAAAAUAUUGUGAGUAA